AUGACUGCAGUCAUGGAACAACCUUCAGGCCUAGCGCCAGGCUCAUAUCUGCCCGAGAAUCGUUUUUCACAACUUCACUGCGCACGAUUCAAAGCCUCACCGUUCCUGCCACCCCCCGAGAGAAGCACCCCUACCCCGGACUCCUCAUCACCGUCUGCCUGGUCGCAACCACGGCCUUUGAGACCACUAGCACUAGCGACGGGAAGCGCCCUCCUUCAGACACCAGAAGACGAUCAACGGCAAUACAGCCGCAAGAGACCGCGACUUGACACGAAGUCAGUAGUCUACGAUGACACAUUUCGGCGAGAAGCCCUCAGUCCUCCACCGCUCGUCAACACAAACUACCGCAUCGCAGGCGGGUUGGAUACGCCUACUGCACUAAACAUCCAGAAAGAGGAAGACACCCACGAGUUCGACUAUGAGAUCGACUGCAGGCCGAACAGGUUCAACAACAGCCAAAAGUCAUCACUCCUUCAGCCGUCAUCAGAAUCCUACUUCCCCCAAACGCCAGCCCCAGAUCGGUCUCGAAGUAGUAAUAAACGGAGAUUGUCACCUCCGGCGCCACCGAUGAAGAGCUGGGGAAAGACAGUAUGGGAUUUGACUGGUGGUCUCGCGGGCAAAGUCUUCAAUUUCUGUUGGAAUACCACCUUCAGUGGCUUUUACGCUGGCGGAGGCAGUGGUUACAAGUUCGACAUUGGACCGGCAGACAUGGGCUCUUCCAGCGUAUGGACAGAACUCGAUCCCAAAAAUGAUGUGUUCCGUAAUGAUGACACUGCUGGCGACUACUCAAGGCGUCUAGACCGAGACCGGACCCCAGUGCCUGGUGGAUUCCCUGGCGAUAGUCCCGAGUUCAUCGAGGACUACAUGUCCAGACUGUCUGUUCAACCCAGGCAGGAGAACAAUUCGACCCCAACCGUCAUACCCGAUCAAGAUUCUCCGUCGAUCUCCCGCUUCAAUAGUUGGGUAGUGGUUGAUAAUGACAACCAGCUAUCACCAUCGACGGAAUCUAGUCCUGUACGCAAGAAGUCGAGAGCAAGCACGGCAAGUCUCUACGCAUCUCGACCAUCACCUGCUCCGCGCCACCCAAGCCACCCUACAUCUCGUCCUCGCUUAACACCUCGAUCAUCAACACUUAGGUCGUCAGCUUCAUAUGCGUCGCCGCGGGUAUCGAUGGGCGCGAACACCAGCACCACCAGUUCAUCACAGUAUCAAUCUUGGAGCUCAGUCCCCGCAGUUUCUGCCAUCGACCAGGACCAGAAUUCAGACAAACCUUCCAAGCGCCCGAGCGUCAUUUCCAGCACCCACAGGUCCUCGCUUUCCGCCUCUCGUCGGCAGUCAUCCGCUUCAGUCGCCACAUCACCGAAGCCGUCUCCCGAGGUCCGCAAGUUCGAACAGAAAAUGCGUCGGAAGGAAGCCAAGCAAGAUGCGACAAUGAACCGAUUCAAUAUGCAAUUGCAGGCUAUGAUCAAGGAAGGGCAGGAGGCACUGGGGAGUCGAGUUGAGGUUGAAAUUCAGGACUACCAGAAUGACGGGGAUGUGGAUGAAGGGUACUUCGACGGUGGAAUGCCAGAUAGAGAUGUAAUGAAGGAAUCUUGGGGCUGGGACAGACGGGAUCAAAGCACAACCCCUAGUCUAGGAGCUUGGUCGUAG